AUGAUCAAGAGUGUCACCAUAGACUCAAAUGGAACUCACAAUCUCCGAUGGAGUACGAACGGACAAGUCGCUGGGGCUCGCCAUGAACAAAACCCCAGUGCGCUUCAGCCAACUCCAACGCCUAGAAUUAGAAGCAACAUAAAGCCAAGAGGGUAUGAUAUUGGUGAGAAUGGAAAAAAUUAUGGGGUGUUGAGGAGGAAGAUGAAAGAGAGCUUUCAAGGUGAUGAUGAUGAUGAUGAUGAUGAGGAGGAGGAGGAGGUUGGAUUUGGUAUUGGGAUAACCGUUGAUGUUUUGGGUGGGGCAUCAUGCAGAGAAAAUUAG